AUGUCGAUUCUACAAAAGAUUCAGGACAUCGAGGAUGAGAUGGCCCGCACGCAGAAGAACAAAGCCACCAAUGCACACUUGGGUAUGCUUAAAGCGAAGUUGGCUAAACUGCGACAAGAGCUGAUCGCUCCCAAAGGUGGUGGAGGUGGUAGCGGAGAAGGAUUUGAUGUAGCUAAAACGGGAGAUGCACGUAUUGGUUUUGUAGCGCCAACAAUGAAAUGGCAACUAAAAGAAAUCGUGAUGAAGUUAAAAGGCACCAGUGCCGAUAUGAACGGAACAUAUUUCAUGUCGUUCACCAAAAUUUACUAA